GUUGUUGACGCGGCUUAUCUUUGAGUGAUUUCGCUGACAAACACGCCAGAAAAAACAGACGGAAAGAUCGAGUGGGUGAAAAUGGGUGAUCAUCUCGAUGUGGUCGUCUUCGGGAGCUGUAACAUGGACCUGAUCAGCUACGUCCCACGGCUUCCAAGAGUCGGUGAAACCAUUCAUGGCUCCAGAUUUGUCACGGGAUUCGGUGGAAAGGGUGCCAAUCAGUGUGUGGCAGCUUCGCGACUCGGUGCUCGCUGCGCCAUGGUCGGGAAACUCGGUCAGGACUCCUGGGGCCAGGCGUAUCGAGACCACCUUGAGCAGGAGGGCAUCAAUAUCAGUCACUUGAGCGUGAUUGACGGUCAAACCACCGGAGUGGCUCCGAUCAGUGUGUCUGAGUCCGAUGGAGCAAAUCAUAUCGUGAUUAUCGUUGGAGCUAACAAUUCCCUCUCCGUAGAGGACGCCAAAUCCGCUGCCGAGAGCUUCACGGCACGAGUCCUGGUGUGUCAGCUUGAGACUCCCAUCGAGGCCACAAUUCGAGCUCUUGAACUCUUUCCCGGCACUUCAAUUGUCAACGCUGCGCCGGCUCUUGAGAACACUCCGCAGGAACUCCUCAAGUUAUCCACGAUUUUCUGCGUUAAUGAGUCUGAAGCUGCUCUGAUGACUAAACUAACAGUGGAGAGUGUUGAGGAUGCGAAGAGAGCUGUAGAGAGGCUACAGGAAAUGGGCGCCAACACAGUAAUCAUCACUCUUGGAGAGAAUGGCGCAGUUUUCCGGGAGAAAUCAUCUCCGCACACUCUCCAUGCGAGAAUAGCGCCUGUGGACUCAGUGGUGGAUACAACAGGAGCUGGGGAUGCCUUCGUGGGAGCUCUGGCUCAUCUGCUGGCUAAGCUGGAGGGCCAGCGAGUGCCUUUCGGACAGCUCAUGGCUGGUGCUUGUGAGAUUGCGUCGAUGUCAGUGAAACUCCCGGGAACGCAGUCGAGUUUCCCACGCAUUUCGGGAUUUGAACAAGAUGUUCCCAAAAGAAAGUAUGAUUUGAGCAAGAUUUGAUGAUCAUUCGAGUAUUCUAUAAACUAUGAUGAAACCACAAUUGUGUCCUUCUUCGACCUCUGGCUUCUGCCCUUGCUUGAACUCAUUACAUGCGUUUGGCCUGAAGUGGAGUUUCGAUGGAACGCCGCGCUCUCGACUGCUUCAGCAGUCAUAAAUCUGGAGGGUGUGAGAAUGAAAAUUAAUUGACACGGAGUCAAUGAUGACUAAGUGGCGGAGAAAAUCUCUCAAUUGCCAGCGCUGAAGAUGUGGAGAAGUUGA